AUGACUAAGAUCCGAGCUCGCGAUCUCCGCAAUCACAAGAAGGAUGAACUCAUCAAGAUGUUGGUCGAACAGAAAACUGAGCUCGCAUCCCUUCGGGUUUCGAAAGUUACCGGAGGAGCUGUUGCAAAGCUUUGCAAGAUUCGUGUUGUUCGUAAGACAAUCGCCCGAAUCUUGACCGUGAUCAACCAGAAUUACAAGCAGGAGCUUCGCAAGUUCUACGCUGGUCACAAAUACAAGCCGAUUGAUCUGCGCAAGAAGCAAACUCGUGCCAUCAGAAGGCGUCUCACCAAGCACGAACAGAGCCUGAAGACUGCUAAGCAACUGCACAGGGAGCGUGCUUUCCCUAUGAGGAAGUUCGCCGUGAAGGCCUGA